AUGGAGCGUGAAUUCUUCACAAAUCUACCACCAGAUAUGACAAUCAACAUCCUAUCGCGGCUCUCUAUACGAGGCAUUGCAAUCAGCAAAUGCGUUUGCAAACCAUGGCUCAAUCUAAUCGAGUCCAACGACAUCGUCAAAUCCAAAAUCAAAACCGCAUCUGCCCUAGUUCAUUUCACGCCCUCGGCUCGAUGCACGAUUUUCGAAAUCGACGAUGAAGACGAAUCUGAUUUGGAGAGCCAUGAUCUUCACUACCAUCCACUCACUGAUUUGGUGAUCCCUCACCCAAGAAGAGAAUCAAUGGAAGGUAUCACUGCUAAUGCAUUGCUUCUUCUGUACUCAAAAUCAACCAAAUAUGUUCCUCAUGUUUACAUAUGCAAUCCGAUGACUCGUGAAUAUACUGAUCUCUGUUUCCCUCUUUACAUCUCGAAACGUGUGUUCAAAUUUGGAUUCGGUGUGAGCAAAAUAAGUGGGAAGUAUAAGAUAAAUGGAAGCGCGUUGAAGCUGGGGCUGCUUCUGGUUUCAUAUUCUGGGGUCAAUCCUUUUUAUGUAAUCACAACCUCCAUUGGAAGGUUGGGAAAUGAUUUUGUCAUAUGGCUGAUGAAGGAGUACCAAGUUGAGGAAUCUUGGACCUUAGAGUACAAGUUGAAUAUUGAUUCUGAUUUUGAUCGGUUUUGUAUGCUUGUUGACCCAAUUAAACUUUUCAAAGAUGGUGACAUUUUGAUGUUGAUGAACAAAACUCGUCUCAUCUACUAUUCCAACAAGACAAGAACUUUUGAACAUGUGGGUAUGUUUAAGGAUUUAGAGGCGAAGAAUUAUAUUAAUGGGGAGAUUCGUUGUAGCAGUUUCAGCGGUAGGAAACCUUCUGAAAUUGGGAAUUUGAGGCUGCUUUGA